AUGGGAGAUACAGGAGUGAAUCCUAAGCUUCCCUCGUGGGACGGUGACUGGAAGACCUUUGCUGACUACAAGUUGGCAUGUUGGCUUGAGCAUGAUGGGCUCAAGCAGGAUGACCAGGUGACACUGGCUCCACGGCUCGCUCGGAAUCUAACUGGGAAGGCUUGGGAAGCCUGCCUGGAGAUAGAGCGAGAAAAGCUUCGAAAGGAAGGCGGCCUGGAAUACCUGCUAACCUACCUAAAGGGCAAGCGUGGCAAGCAGCAGGUGGACAUCCUUGGCGAGGCCUUCGAGAAGUACUUCCAGUCAGGCGAGGUCAUGCGCCGCGACAAGGAGACCUUGAAUGACUACGAGCAACGGCUGACCAACUUCACUCGAGACAUCGAGCGGGCGCUUAAGGAGCUCGGCACGGAAGCCAAGGUGCCGACGGAGAUCUACGGAUGGUUUCUACUCAACAAGCACAUCCGCUUGGAACCAUCGGACAUCGCAACGCUGAAGUCGCAGACGGCGAGCUACAAGCUGGGUGAUGUCUUGGCGGCGCUGCGCAAGAUGUGGGGUGGAGACAGCCUAAGUCUCAAGGACCAGGAGCGGCGAAAGAUCGCGAAAGCUUAUCUCGCCUUGGGUGAGUACGAGGAUGAGGCCGACAUGGAGGGCAACGUCUGGUGGAAUGAGGAUGGCGGCGAGGAUGAGACCAUCGCCGAGGGUGAGCCCACCGAGGCCGAGAUCUACUUUGAGGAAGCUCUCGCGGCCCACCUCGAGAGCCCCGAGGACGAGGUGAUCCUGGCGAACUUCCAGGAGGCCAAGCGGACCUUCUACAAGGAUGCCAGGAAGGCUCUCGAUCAGAGUCGUGUCAGCAGAGGCUUUUACCCAAAGGGAAAAGGAAAAGGCCAAGACCGCGCCAAAGGAGGUGGUCGCACUGGUGAGUUUCCUGGUCGAUGUAUGCGAUGCGGGAAGUACGGCCACAAAGCUCAAGCCUGCCCUCAGACCGGUGAUGGCAAAGGCGGAGCCACUGGCAAGGGAUCCGGCGUUGGGUUCGUCUACACGAACUGGACCGAAGUCUCUUCCGCGGACUGGGGUGCCACCACGGAGGCGGAGGGCAUCUUUGUUCAGCGGGAGCCAGAGACCAUGAAAGCCAUCAUGGACUGCGGGGCUUCGGAGUCCAUCGUGGGUGCUUGGACGUUGCAGAAGAUGCACGAUGAGCUGGGACGCCUCGGUUUCGAUACUGAUGCGGAGAUCCAGAUCGACCAGCGAAUUCGCAAGAACUUCAUCUUCGGCAACAAUGAAACCAGCACCGCCUUGGGCUUAGCUAAAGUGACCGCCGGCAUCCAUGGUCAAGAGCAGGCCAUCAAGAUGCACAUCGUAGAGGGUGGAACCCCGAUGCUGCUAUCCAGCAAGUGGUUGUACGAUCAGGAAGCCAUCGUUGAUUUCAAGAGAGGCCAGGCCAUCUUUCCCAAGAUCAGCUCAGAGGUGAUCCAGCUGGAGCGUGCUCCAACCUUUCAUCUCCUCUUGCCCAUCACGGCGUUUGGAGGUAAUGAGAGUGAAGUAGGUGAGCUGGAAGCCUGCCUGAGUGGACCUGUGGCCGUUGACACCGGCCAGUGUCCAGCUCAGCACAGUGAGAGUGAUGAAGUCACAUUUUGUGACCCCCUUCAUCCGGAGUCUUCAGAGUCGUCUGAACAGCAUCAAGAAGUUUUCUGCCAAAUCUCUGAUAACCAGAAGCCCUACUUCAAGCAAGCCUUGGAGGAGUAUGAAGCCCAUGUGGUCAAGACGAUGAGGGAUUUGACUAGUGAAAGGGUUGAUCUUUUGGAGGUCUGUUGUCCCUGGGAUUCUCCCUUGAGCGCUGCGGUUGUUGAGGUGCAACGCCAGGAGUUGAAUGGCCAAUCAGGAUUCCAAGCUGAUGGCCAUCAGGCGCAUGCCGGAGGCGAACAGCCGUUGCGCGCCUUCUCGUGGAAGGCUCUGAUGAGGAAUCGGGAUCGGGAGAUUCUUCGUCAGAUACAGGUGUACGCAGCUGAAGGUCCUGAAGAACCUCCCGGUAAGCAUGAUACCUCACCCGAGCCUAACCAUCCUGAAAUCGAACCAGAAACCGAAGACUGGAAAGUGUUGGUGCGUGUUCUCAAAGAAGCCGGACAUGCGAAGCCACAUCGUACGUCACAGAUUCCACAUGCCAGUCGCAAGUGGGAAGUCGUUAGUGUUGACACGUUUUGGUGGCAUAGUCCUCAUAAAGAUGAGAAAGGCAAUCCUAUCGAGCAUGCUGUAGGUAUCUCCUUCCUUGACGAGGCUAGUGAUUUUCAUGUUGCUUCUAUUGUGAGAACGGGUAGUCACACUCAAAGGGUCAUCAACUCUAGUGAGUUCAAGGAGACCUUCUGCCGAGACUGGCUUCGGAACCUUCCAAAGCCGGAAGCUCUUAGGUUUGAUGAUGAGGGUGCUUUCAGGGAUUCUCAAACUAUUGAGUGGAUUGAAGGCCAAGCCAUUCGAGUGAGUGUUAUUGCAGGAGAAGCUGCUUGGCAGGUUGGAAAGCACUCUCGGCAUCUUGAGGUUCUGAAAGAGAACAUGUCGCUUCUGGCCCUGGAGCUUGGGCCCGAAGUCAAGGCUACUCCCCAAAUCAGUGGUGCUUUGGCCAGAGUAAAGAACGCAUACAAUCGAAUCCUUGCAACGAGCCGAAGCUGCGAGGCGAACCUUUUUGAAGGACAACUGGUGUACUACUACAGAAAGGGUCGCAACACUAGUCGCAUGGAGGCUGGAUGGCACGGCCCCGCACGCGUUGAGAUCUGGCUCAGGAGCCAGAAGACUCUGAGAUACAUGAUGACGAGCCGGGCUCAAGGAACCAGUUCCCAGAUCCCACUCGACGUGUUUUCGGCAAACAGCCUCCGCCAAAUGUCGAAGCAGUCGGUUCUCAGCGCUCUCAAGGGCAAGUUGGCGGAAGACCAGAAGAGCACCGCGACGAGCCAGUACGAGGAGGAGAACCAACGCUGCACGGAGAUGAGCAUGCAAGAUCUAGGCAACGAGCUCGUGCAGCACGGGAAGCACCAGGGCAAGCCAGUGAAGGAAGCGGCCAAGGACAACAAGUACGUGAUCUGGUUGAUGGAGCAUCACGAGUGCAACGUGAAGUUCACCAACCUCCUGACGUAUGUCAUCCGAGCGAACGGGGGCCAAUCUCAGAAGAAGACCGCCGGGAGUUCCAACGACACGCCGAAGCCCAUCGGGACCGAGGAAGAGUGGCUUCAGGUGUGGGAGCAGGAGCCGGACAAGGAGCUUCCGGGAUCCGUGACGGCGAUGGUGCAUGUGCUUCAGAAGACCGUGAAGGACUUGGCUCUUCAGGUGGGACAGCUGGAACAGGCCAAUCUCCAGCAACAACAGGCCCUCUACCAGGCCAUGUCGGCGAGCAUGCAGCUCCAGGAGGAGAUGGAGCGCAUUCGCGAGCGUCUGGUAGCCUACGAGGAGGACAGCUGGGAGACUCUCCCAGGAACCAGGCAGACUCCUGAGCCAGCUCAGGUUUUUGAGAUAGCCCUGGAAGUUCAACCUCGGGACGUGCACAAGGUCCAGUUUCGAUCGUUGUCUGAUGAUGACAAGCUUGACUUCAUGAAGGCCAUGCAGAGUGAACUCAGCUCUUAUCUUCAACAUGAAGCUGUGCAGAUUGCCCGGCGUCACAACGUGCCACCCGAGAGGAUUCUGAAAGCUGUGUAUGGCCUCUUGCACGCGCCACGAGCUUGGGCGGAGAAGCUAGGUGUUCAUGUGGAUGAUCUGUUGUGCUGUGGAGCAGGGCAACAUUUUGAGGAUUUCUCCAUUGACCUGAAUCAGGAGCGCUAUGCCGAAGGCCUAGUCGAGAUUCCCCUCAGCCGGGAGCGCCGAGAUCAGAGCCAGGAACCUGUGAACGAACAGGGGUGUUUCAAAGAAGCCACCAUUGAUGACAUCAACCAAGUGAACAAGCUCAUUCGACUUCAGAGGGUGCACAGUCAAACCACCAUUCACUUCAGUUCUCAGAUUCAGAGACCUGUGCUACUGACUUAUCAUGAUGCGUCGUAUGCCUGUAGGAGUUCCACUGCUGCUGAAAUCCAGACCGGUAGUCAUGCCAUUGAUGCUCAUGAGUUCACUAAGCAGAUGCUUGUAGAGUGGUACAAUGAG